CUGGAGUGAGCGUUGGUCGGUCCUGGAGCUAGAGUCUGAUCUCGAGCAGUCUCCAAGCACCGGGGCUAAAGACGGGUUUGGGUUAGGGAUGCUACAAGUACACAUUCCUUCCGUGGGGCCGGAGGCAGCGGAGCCCGAGAGGAGCCUGGAGAAAGGACACAUGGUGUUCAGGGUGGAGGUCCUCUGCAACGGGAGAAGGCACACAAUACAUCGGCGCUAUAGCGAAUUCCAUGCCCUGCACAAACAGAUUAAGAAGUCUUGCAAAGUGCCGGACUUUCCCCCCAAACGCGUGCCUAACUGGAGGCCUAAGGUUCUGGAGCAGCGAAGACAGGGAUUAGAGGCAUAUAUCCAGGGUGUCCUGUAUCUCAAUCAGGAAGUCCCCAAGGAGGUGCUGGAAUUCCUGAAACUUCGACGUUUCCCUUCAGACCCUAAGGCCAGCAGCAUGGACGCUCAGCUACCCCACAGACCAGUCUUGAACUUCCACAGGGAUCCAUACAUUCAAAGCCCUUCUUCAGAGCCAAUCCCCAACAUGGUGGUGAACGGUGUGCUGCAGGGCUUCUAUGGCUGCAGUGGUUGCCCCACUGUGGCCCAGCUGAAGGACCCCUAUUUCAUACCACCCUUACUACAGCCGGGGCCCUGAAGGGAAUAUAGAACAUCCCCACCAGCUGUGCUGUCAACCAGACCACUCUUCCUUGCAGCACCCUAACCCUUGGCCAAAGAGACCACAAGCUCAAAGCUGAACUCUUCUGAUAGGACACAACUCGCACUAACAUGGAACUUGGCAGGCCCCUGUUCCACCUUCAGUUCUCCAAUUGUGACCCUAAUUGAUGGGUGAAUGCUGAGGGACACGAACACUUGUACCCCUCGAGAUUGGAAGAACACAGAAUAAAAGGAGAGUCUCUCUUAGGGAUGAGCCCAAAGAAAACAAAGAAUGGGCUGUUUAUAUCGGAGGAAAGGAACCACAGUGAGAAAAAAGCAAGGGCUUAGGCAUUAUACAGGGUGAGAGGAUGGAGGUGAGAAUGAGGUUGGAUGCUGACCAGUGAAGCAG